CCGGGAAGAGCUAGACGAAGUGGCUGGGGAGAGGGAAGUCUGGGUUUCCCUGCUUAGGCUGUUGCCCCCGCGACUCGACCUCGGAUAAGCGGAAGAUGAUGGAUGGAUGGAUGGAUGGAUAAAAUAAUUGUUGAAUCCGUGAUUUCCGAACGCCCCAUUUGACCGAUAAAUGAACGACGAUGCGUUCACGAAUAGCCCGUUUAAUCCGUCCGUGGUGAAGCGACUGUGCGCUCUCUGUACUUCGCUGUCAAGAGUGGAAGCGGUGAUGGCGCAGACAGACGACAUUGACAUAAUGAUGAAUUAUCACGGAGAUGUAUUCAAAAAGGACAGAAAGAACUGCCGCUAUCCCUACUGCGUUGUCUGGACUCCCAUUCCUAUUCUUUCGUGGGUGCUGCCUUUUAUUGGUCAUAUGGGAAUAUGCACCUCUUCCGGAGUCAUAAGAGAUUUUUCAGGCUCUUACUUUGUCUCGGAGGACAGCAUGGGCUUUGGAAGACCAACAAAGUACUGGAAGCUUGACGUGGACAAAGUGUGUGACAACAGUGCCAUUACCUGGGACAAAGCGGUGCAUGAUGCAUCCGAAGAAUACAAAUGCAGACCGCACAAUUUGUGCUUAGAUAACUGCCAUUCCCACGUUGCCAUGGCUCUCAACCUGAUGCGCUACGACAACAGCACCUCUUGGAACAUGGUCAACUUGUGUGUGCUGUCGCUCAUUUAUGGCAAAUAUGUAAGCUGGCCCGCGAUCCUGAAGACCUGGCUGCCCUUCAUCAUGCUCUGCGGAGUCUUCGCCAUGUUUGUCCUAACUUUCAAGUUUCAGUAAUGCAGUCCAACAAGACAACUCAUUUUGUCACAUUUCUGCGAUUGGCCUCAUACCUC